AUGGAUGAACCCUCGGAGGCCGCAGCCCCGGGCCCGGUGGCUUCGAUUCUCAAGGGGGUUUUGACACUGGCGGUGGCCUUUGCGCCCUUUCUGACCGCCUUCGUUGGACCCAAGCUAGUCCGCCUUUUGGGCGCCGGUCUUGGCUGGAUUUUAAAGAAGAAGACCGAAGGCAGACGGGCGCUACUUCUCUCUCUUAUGAAUGACAGUGAUGCCAAGUUGGCAGAGCAGACCAAGGACCAGGAGACUGCUAAGGAGAAAGGUCCUGGUGCGAGUAAGGGAGCAUCAGAGAGCCAGAAUGAGUGGGACGGAAUUGUUGGCUUUUUCCACCCCUUCUGCAAUGCUGGAGGUGGCGGAGAGCGAGUGCUUUGGGCAGCUAUCAGGGCUACACAAAACCACUACCCCAAAGCCAAGUGUGUGGUAUACACAGGAGAUCAUGAAGUGAACAAAGAACAGAUCCUGUCUCGAGUCAAGAGCAGGUUUAACAUCAACCUACAUGCCCCUACAGUCCAGUUUCUGUAUCUCUCGAAGCGCCAAUGGGUUCUCAGCUCUACAUGGCCUCACUUUACCCUCCUUGGUCAGUCCCUCGGUUCAGUAGUGCUGGGCUGGGACGCAUUCUCUCUGCUGGUCCCUGAUAUCUUCAUCGAUACAAUGGGGUAUGCCUUCACGCUCGGACUGGCCAAACUGCUCUUCCCUCGUAUGCCAACAGGUGCCUAUGUCCACUAUCCCACGAUAUCCACGGAUAUGCUGGACUCCCUGGAUCCCAAUUCGGCCGUCGGCUCUCUCGGAGUGAAUGCCGGAAGGGGUGUUGGCACUCGGGGCUCGUUAAAGAAGGCAUACUGGCAGCUGUUUGCUCGCAUCUAUUCCUGGGUAGGGUCCUCCAUCGACGUGGUCAUGACAAACUCAACCUGGACCUCCGCCCAUAUAAAGUCACUAUGGGGCCCCUUGCGUGCCGAGAAGGACAAGGGCCACCCCAUCACCGCGGUCUACCCGCCCUGCGCAGUGGAGGAGAUGGAGCAGGAGGUGGAGGUAUCUGAAGCGAGCGAGAAGCAGCGCCAGAACGCGAUAGUCUACAUCGCUCAGUUCCGACCGGAGAAGAACCACCAGCUCAUCAUCCAGUCCUUUGCCAAAUUCAUCAAGUCGGGAACCGAGGCUGCUGAGGAUGCGAAGCUGGUGUUGAUCGGCAGCGUCCGGGGCGACCAGGAUAAGAAGAGAGUGUACGAACUUCGACUAAUGGUGAACGAGCUGCACAUUAAGGACCGUGUCGAAUUCCACCUUGAUGCCUCGUGGCCAGAGAUCCUGGAAUGGCUCCGCAAGGCAUCCGUCGGCGUCAACGGCAUGUGGAACGAGCAUUUCGGCAUUGGCGUGGUCGAGUAUCAGGCCGCCGGCCUUAUUUCCGUUGUUCACAAUAGCGGUGGCCCCAAGCUGGAUAUUGUCAUUGAGAUUGAUGGCGAGCCCACAGGAUUCCAUGCUACAUCGGUGGAGGAGUUCGCCGAGGGCUAUGAGAAGGCCCUCUCGCUUCCCGACCCUCUGGCCGUCCGUCUUCGAGCUCGGAAGUCUGCAAAGCGAUUCACAGAGGAGGAAUUUGCCCGCCAAUGGCUGAUCCACCUGGAUCGGCUGGUGGCUCUGGCGCACUAA